AACAGCCACCCAAUUUCCUUUCCCUUACAGCUUUAACCCUGAUCUUGUUAUGACAACCUUUUGAUUCUCACCUCUCUGGGCCACAUUGCCCAUGUGCUCUCCCAUCAAUUACACCUUCAUCUCCUCUCUCUCUCUCUCCUCUUACCUAUGCAUUGCUUCUUGAACUGUUGAAGAACUCUAUUUCAUAGAACCUUGCAUCUCUCUCUCUCUCUCCCCCUCUGUGCGUGUGUGUGUGAAGAUGGAGAAGAGAGCUUGUCUCAGUUGCAAGCUUUUACUUGUUUUACUUUCUGGGUUUUCUUCAAUCUUUGUCAUUGUCAACUCUCAAGCUACCCCAAGUGAAGAUGUUGCAGUUAUGCUUGAUCUCAAGAAAAGCCUCAAUGUACCUGAUUCUCUUGGAUGGUCUGACCCGGAUCCCUGUAACUGGAACCAUGUUGGCUGUUCUGAUGAAAAACGAAUCACCCGGAUCCAAGUUGGUCGACAAAAUCUUCUAGGUACACUUCCUUCAAAUCUCCAAAACCUUACUCAACUAGAGCGUUUAGAGCUCCAAUGGAACAACAUCUCGGGUCCUCUUCCUAGUUUAAGCGGGUUAAGCUCACUGCAGGUUAUAAUGCUAACUGGGAAUCGGUUUACUUCGAUUCCUAGUGAUUUCUUCUCUGGUUUAUCCUCUCUUCAGGCUGUGGAGAUUGAUAGUAAUCCAUUUUCCUCCUGGGUAAUCCCUGAAAGUAUUAAAAACGCUUCUGCUUUGCAGAAUUUCUCCGCAAAUUCGGCCAACAUCUCUGGGUCAAUACCAGAUUUUUUUGGCUCAGAUGCUUUUCCGGGUCUAACCAUUCUGCAUUUGGCCUUCAAUAAGCUUGAAGGCGAGUUGCCUGCGAGCUUUGCGGGGUCACAAAUCCAGUCUUUGUGGCUAAAUGGACAGAUGAGUGAAGCCAAGCUUACUGGCAGAGUUGAUGUUAUACAGAACAUGACUUCGGUGAAGGAUGUUUGGUUACAUUCUAACGCGUUCACGGGUCCUUUACCGGACUUUACGGGUUUGAAAGAUUUGCAGGUCUUGAGUGUAAGGGAUAAUUCAUUCACGGGCCCAGUUCCUAUGUCAUUGAUAAAUCUCGAGUCCUUAAGUGUAGUGAAUUUGACGAAUAAUUUAUUUCAAGGGCCUAUGCCGGAGUUCAAGAGCUCAGUCUUUGUUGAUAUGACUAAGGAUUCAAACAGUUUUUGUUUGCCAAGUCCUGGGGAUUGCGAUUCCAGGGUUAACACGUUGCUUCUGAUUGUGAAAUCCAUGGGUUACCCACGAAGGUUCGCUCAGAGUUGGAAGGGGAAUGAUCCUUGUGCAGAUUGGAUUGGAAUUACUUGUAUUCAAGGGAACAUUACUGUUGUAAACUUUCAGAAAAUGGGCCUCACAGGAACCAUUUCCCCGGAGUUUUCUUCACUUAAGUCCUUGCAAAGAUUGGUUCUUGAUGAUAAUAAUCUUACAGGUUCCAUUCCGGAGGAGCUUACUACUCUGCCUGCGCUUAAGGAACUUGACGUGUCAAACAAUUUACUUUCUGGGAAAAUUCCACUUUUCAAGAGUAAUGUGAUGUUGAAUACUAAAGGUAAUCCAGAUAUAGGGAAGGAAGUUAGCAGUUCUACAUCUCCAGGUUCACCAUCAACUGUACCCUCAGCAAAUGCAGGUUCUGGAAGUGGUGGUGACUCUGGAAACAGCGGCAAGAAAUCUUCUAAAAUGACUGGAGUGAUUGUGUUCUCUGUUAUUGGAGGUGUACUUUUGAUACUCUUGAUUGGCUUGUUGAGUCUCUGCCUAUACAAGAAGAAACAGAAGCGGUUUAGCAGAGUACAGAGCCCAAAUGCAAUGGUGAUCCAUCCUCGACAUUCCGGAUCUGAUAAUGAGAGUGUAAAGAUUACAGUUGCCGGCUCAAGUGUUAGCGUGGGUGCACUUAGCGAGACGCAUACUAUUCCUGCAAGUGAGCAAGGUGAUAUUCAAAUGGUUGAAGCAGGAAACAUGGUCAUUUCUAUUCAAGUGUUAAGGAAUGUUACCAACAAUUUCAGUGAGGAUAAUAUAUUGGGCCAAGGCGGUUUCGGAGUGGUCUACAAAGGUGAAUUGCACGAUGGUACAAAGAUAGCUGUUAAGAGAAUGGAAUCUGGGGCCAUAAGUGGGAAGGGACUAACAGAGUUCAAGUCUGAGAUUGCUGUUCUGACCAAGGUUAGGCAUCGGCAUCUUGUUGCUCUUCUUGGCUACUGCUUGGAUGGUAAUGAGAAGCUCCUUGUUUAUGAAUUUAUGCCACAAGGGACACUCAGUAGGCAUCUUUUCAACUGGGCAGAUGAAGGACUAAAACCCCUGGCGUGGACGAAGAGGUUGACUAUAGCUUUGGAUGUUGCUAGGGGUGUUGAGUAUCUUCAUGGUUUGGCACAUCAAAGUUUUAUACAUAGGGACUUGAAACCCUCAAACAUUCUUCUUGGGGAUGACAUGAGGGCCAAGGUUGCAGAUUUUGGUCUUGUACGUCUUGCACCGGAGGGUAAAGGCUCAAUUGAAACACGAAUUGCUGGAACUUUCGGAUACUUGGCCCCAGAAUAUGCAGUUACUGGUCGGGUGACGACUAAAGUGGAUGUUUUCAGUUUUGGGGUGAUAUUGAUGGAGAUUAUAACAGGUAGAAAAGCUCUCGACGAUAGCCAGCCUGAGGAGAGCAUGCAUCUUGUAACUUGGUUCCGCAGAAUGCACCUCAACAAGGACUCCUUCCGUAAGGCCAUUGACCCCACGAUCGACCUAGAUGAGGAAACACUUGCCAGCAUCAGCACUGUGGCAGAGUUGGCAGGCCACUGCUGUGCAAGGGAGCCAUAUCAAAGACCUGAUAUGGGACAUGCUGUGAAUGUAUUGUCUUCCCUUGUGGAGCUCUGGAAACCAACUGACCAAAAUCCUGAAGACAUAUAUGGCAUUGAUCUUGAAAUGUCCUUGCCACAAGUACUUCAGAAAUGGCAAGCCUUUGAAGGUAGGAGCAACUUGGAGUCUUCAUCUUCUUCACUUCUCCCCAGCUUAGACAAUACUCAGACCAGUAUACCCACACGUCCUUACGGGUUCGCUGAGUCAUUUACUUCAGCAGAUGGAAGAUAAGUGUGGUAGUUGUAAAUGAUUGUGGGUUUCUAUGUUCAUUCUAUUUGCUCUUUUUUUGCUGUUUUAUUUUGAAAAGUUUCCCUGACUUGUAGUUGUUUCAUGUUUUAGCCAUCUUCCCUUAUGGCCAUUUAUCAUUCUUAGAAUUGUAGUUUGAAUUAAUGUUCUUCACAUUUUAAAGGUUUUGAAAAUGCAUUGAGAUGUGGUUUUCAAGAGUUCUCAA